UGCACAGGUGACUGCAGCCCAUGGAUUGUGUCACUUGCUUGGCUACCAGCACAACACAAAGGCGGAAUGGGAACAGAUGUACCAGAAGGAAGAGGAAAUCCUGGAGGAGCUGAACCGUCUCACAGGCAGCAGCCUCCGGCCCCUCACUGCUGGCCUCUUCUGAGGGAGGGACUGGGCUGCCACCAGGCCACCUUGGACAUGGCAGCACACCACCCUGGCCUCCUCAUGCUACUGCUGCUGGGUUUGGCCACCCUGGCCUUCCCACCGCACGCUGCCGCCCAGUCGCUGCCUGCUGCCCUCCGUGCUGGCCAUGCUGCCACCUCGCUGCCCACUGCCGCCGCCGCACCACGCACUCGGUACCUUCUGUAUGAUGUAAAUCCUCCUGAAGGCUUCAACCUUCGCAGAGAUGUCUAUAUUCGUAUUGCUUCACUUAUGAAGACUUUGCUGAAAAGUGAAAAUUGGGUGUUAGUUCUGCCACCCUGGGGACGUCUCUAUCACUGGCAGAGCCCUGACAUCCUUCAGGUCCGAAUCCCUUGGUCUGAAUUCUUUGAUCUCCCAAGCCUUAAUAGGAACAUUCCUGUCAUUGAAUACGAGCAGUUCCUUGCAGAAUCAGGAGGGCCCUUUAUUGAGCAGAUUUAUGUCCUGCAAGGCUAUAAGGAAGGAUGGAAAGAAGGAACAUGGGAAGAAAAAAUAGAUGAGAGGCCUUGCAUUGAUCAGCUUAUGUAUUCCAAAGACAAGCAUCAGUACUACAGAGGAUGGUUUUGGGGUUAUGAAGAAACGCGGGGACUGAAUGUCUCUUGCUUAUCUGUUCAAGGAUCUGCCUCUGUUGUAGCCCCCAUCCUUCUGAAGAAUACCUCAGCACAGUGAGUUGCUUUGUGUUAUUAUGCCAUGCCCUAGGAGCCCGUUGCUAGGUGGGAAGAGCAGGGAGAACUUAAAGGCUAUGUCUCGUUGUGAUGUUUCAUCACUA